GAUUGACAGGUGAAUAGCCCAGUGUGUGGUGAGGCGAUGAUUCGUGGGCAUCCUGUUUCUCUCAGUCUGCUGCUGUGGCUAUGUGAUAGCCGGAGUUUUAUUCCCUGUCUCAGUCAGCAGACAUGCUGCCUCCCCUGCCAAGCGUUAAGAGCUGGCUUGACCGUGAGGACGUCCAGAUGAAACGGUGUCCUGCUAUCUGCAACUGAGUUCAACUGGGGUUGAACGGGCAUCAUGUAGACCUGUUAGGGGAAGAAACUAAAGGACCGUUAGAUUUCUGGUCGCUGUUACCUUUUAUUUAUCCUUUUUGGGGUGUUCAGAAAUGCUCAAGAUGAUUCCAAUAAUCUGUCUGGCCAUGCUGCUUCCUGAAGUGGCUCACUCAGCUGAGGGUCACUAUGCCCAGAAGCUUCUGAAUGAUUUGAUGGAAAAUUAUUCCAGCGCCCUGCGGCCUGUGGAGGACACAGACAGAGCCCUCAACGUCACCUUACAGAUCACCCUCUCCCAGAUCAAAGACAUGGAUGAGAGGAACCAGGUGCUGAUUGCCUACCUGUGGAUCAGGCAGACGUGGAACGAUGCAUACCUCAAGUGGGAUAAAGAGGACUAUGAUGGACUGGAGGUGAUCCACAUACCUAGCAGCCUGGUGUGGAGGCCUGACCUCGUCCUCUAUAACAAGGCUGACGAUGACUUCUCAGGGCCGAUGGACACCAAUGUGAGGCUGCGCUACAACGGAGAGAUAACCUGGGAUGCUCCUGCCAUCACCAAGAGCUCCUGUGUGGUGGAUGUCUCCUACUUCCCCUUUGACAGCCAGGAAUGUAACCUGACUUUUGGUUCCUGGACCUACAAUGGCAACCAGGUAGACAUCAUUAUGGGCAUGGACAGUGGCGACCUGUCAGACUUUGUAGAAAAUGUGGAGUGGGAGUGCCAUGGGAUGCCGGCCACCAAGAAUGUCAUCAUGUACGGCUGUUGCUCUGACCCGUAUCCAGACAUCACCUAUACAGUGCUCCUGCAGCGCCGCUCCUCCUUUUACAUCUUCAACCUCCUCCUCCCCUGCUUCCUCAUCUCCUUCUUGGCUCCUCUGGGCUUCUACCUGCCCGCAGACUCUGGGGAGAAGGUUUCCCUCGGAGUGACGGUUCUUCUGGCUCUCACUGUGUUCCAGCUAAUGGUGGCUGAGAGUAUGCCUCCAUCUGAGAGUGUGCCGCUCAUAGGGAAGUACUAUAUUGCCACUAUGACCAUGGUCACAGCAUCCACGUCUCUCACCAUCUUCAUCAUGAACAUCCACUUCUGUGGUGCAGAGGCCAAACCAGUCCCCCACUGGGCUAAAGUCCUCAUCAUCGACUACAUGUCCAAGAUUUUCUUUGUUUAUGAGGUGGGCGAGAACUGUGCCUCUGCUUCCUCCUCCUCCUCCUCUUCGUCUUCUCACUUCCCCCAGGAUGACACCCAGCACCACAUUCACGCAAAUGGCAAACCAGGAAGCCACAGUAGCCGACGGGACUGGCAGAGUCACAAAUACCCCAGACCUCAGACACCGAAGCCGCAGCACCAUCCCAGAGUGAAAGCGCAGCACCACAUCACUAGAGAAGACAGGAGCCACCUCUCCAGCUAUGGACCCGGGAAAUACGAAGGCUCUAAUGGGAAAAUCCCUACAGGUGAUUGUUGUAAAGAAGACCAGAAAGUCCCCUCUUAUCCUGAAGACCAAAAGCUUCCCUGCUGCCCUGAAGAUAAAAAGCUUCCACCUCAAGGCCCCACAGUUACCUUUGGCCCCUGCGUGUUCUGUAGCCACGGCAGUGGCAUCCCUGGUGCGGACACCAAGCUGGUGCGCAAUGUUGAAUAUAUCGCCAACUGUUUUCGAGAGCAGAGGGCCACUUGCGCCAAAGGGGCAGAAUGGAAGAAGAUCGCAAAGGUGAUGGAUAGAUUCUUCAUGUGGAUCUUCUUCGUCAUGGUUUUCCUCAUGAGCAUCCUCAUCAUUGGCAAGGCACCGCAGUGAU